GGCGAAGAGUUUCAACCAACACAGAGAGCUCCUCUCCAAACCUCUCCCUUCUCUCCACCAGGAGACUAGGGUUAGAGAGAGAGAGAGUGAGACAAGAGCAAAAACAAUCUCUCGCCCCACUGUUAUACCAAGUUUGCAUCCAUCUCAUAUCCCUCUAUAUAUCUUUGUAUCACGAUGGCAGGCCUAUCCCUAGAGCACCCUUGGGCAUUCGCCUUCGGCCUCCUAGGCAACAUCAUCUCUUUCACAAGCCUCCUGGCCCCCAUACCAACAUUCUACCGGAUCUUCAAGAGCAAAUCCACGGAGGGGUUCCAGUCGGUGCCCUACGUCGUGGCCCUGUUCAGCGCGAUGCUGUGGAUCUUCUACGCGCUGGUGAAGACUGGUGAGGGCCUCCUCAUCACCAUCAACGCUGCCGGCUGCGUCAUCGAGACCGUCUACAUCGUCAUGUACCUCGUCUACGCCCCCAGGAAGGCCAAAAUUUUCACAGCCAAGAUCGUCCUCCUACUCAACAUCGCCGGCUUCGGGCUCAUCCUCCUCCUCACCCUCUUUGCCUUCCACGGCGAGACACGCGUCGUCUCGCUCGGCUGGAUCUGCGUCGGCUUCUCCGUUUGUGUCUUCGUCGCCCCUCUCAGCAUCAUCGGACGAGUCAUCAAGACCAAGAGUGUGGAGUACAUGCCCUUCUCCCUCUCCCUCACGCUCACCCUCAGCGCCGUCGUCUGGUUCCUCUACGGCCUACUCAUCAAGGACAAAUAUGUCGCGCUCCCAAACAUCCUUGGCUUCACCUUCGGGAUGAUCCAGAUGGCCCUUUACAUGUUCUACAUGAACGCGACACCGGCAGUGAGCAAUCUCAAGGAGGGGAAAGAGGGAUUGAAGAAGCCAGCGGAGGAGCACGUUGUCGUAAUCAACGUUGGUAAGAUCGAAAAGAGCUCCGGCGCUGUGGUUCGCCCGGUCACCGAGAUGCACAACGCCAUCCCCAGCAGAUGCGCUGCUGAGGCGGCGGCACCAGGGCAACAAGUGAUGGCGCUGGACUAUGCCCGUUCCGUCGACGUGGUCUAGAUUUACGCAUGCAGGGCAUGCAUGAUGCCUCUGUUCUGUUAAAUCAACUUCUUGACUGUAUGAGGCACGAUAUUUGUUAACGAGACCGACAUGGCUAUAUCCUAAGGCAAGGGCUACUGGCGCUCCUCUCCAAGACACCCCAACACUGGCCACCCGGGCGCUGGCACACGCCGCCAGCUCCUCCGUGUAUUUAUUGUAUCAAUUUGUUGUGAGUUAAAAGUAUGGUGCCCCCUCCUCAUCAUUAUAUAAGAGGCCUAGAAUACAACGUGUAUGACUCCAGCACAAA